UAUAAAAGGAGUUAUGAAGUCGAUACAAGGCAGUCUCACUGAAAUUCCAUUAAUUCCAUCUAAUAGGUGACCUUGAGAAAAAGAAAGCAACCUGAUAAAUAAUGGUAAAGGAGGAAGUUGAGGUAGACGUGGAGAUCAAAUCUCCGGCUAAUAAGUUCCACAUGUUCGUCGGAAGAUUACAACAUGUGCCCAAAGCCACUCGCUACAUUCAGGGAUAUGAUUUGCUCGAAGGGGACUGGGGCAUGGUUGGAAGCAUAGUCUUGUGGAAACUAAUUUCUGAUGGAGAGACAAGAGUGUCGAAAGAUAGGAUCGAGGCGAUGGAUUUUGAGAAGAAAGUGAUUCAGUGGAGAGUUUUAGAGGGACCUCUUAAGACAGAAUACAACAGCCUCUUGAAAACGAUGAAGGUGAGCCCUAACCAUGGAGGACCAGGAAGUACGGUGAAGUGGAACGUGAAGUACGAGAGGAUUGAUGAGAACGUCGCUCACCCUGAGAGACUGCUCCAGUUCUUGGUCGAAGUGACUAAACAGGUCGACGGAUACCUCUUAUCUGAGGAAUAAAGGGUCUUCGGCUGGCAAAUUGGCAAUAUGCCAAUAUCUAAAUAAUUAAUGCUUUCUUGUGAACUUAAGAAUUAGAAUCUGUAAUUUCUUGUUUUUAUUACUCAAACAUAAGGUGCAUUUAUAUAUGAGAAUUACAAAGAGAUAAAA